AUGGCAUCAAGCAUAAUCACGAGUACAAGAAAUAUGGUGCGUGAGUACAUGGCACGCCUUGAUCCUUCUCAUGACAUGGAGCAUGUUGACCGCGUGGUGCGCAUGGCUCUGCAGCUUGGGCGGCAGGAAUCCUUGAGAAACAAGGUGGACUUGACAAUGAUUGAACUUGCAGCUCUUUGUCACGAUAUUGGGGAUGCCAAGUAUAAAGUCGAUGACCAUGAAGGCGUACUCAUGUUCCUCACGCGUCAUGGCUAUGACAAGGCAGGAUUGGUGGCGCAGAUUGUGGACCACGUUGGAUAUCGUAAAGAAUUGAGAUGGAAGAAGGAGGACACACUUGCUGCAUGGCGUGACACAUGCCUGGAGCUUCAUGCUGUGAUGGACGCCGACAAAUUAGAUGCAAUCGGGGCAUUUGGCAUCUUGAGAUGUGCAGCGUUCAGUGGAGCAAAAGGAAUUGUGUUACAUCAACCCGAAGAUAACAACAACCAGCAAGACACAUCGAGUGCCAUCGAUCAUUUCCAUGAGAAACUAUUCCACCUAUCUAAGAUGAUGCGCACCCCAAUGGCACAAAAAAUGGCUGAGCAACGUACAAAAUUUAUGCAUGAAUUCGUUCGCCAGGUGGAGCGAGAAUAUUCUUUACUCAUCUAA